GGAAGGGAAGUAAGCAAGCCGUACUGAGGGGAGCUUCCCCCUGUAUCUCUCUUCUCCCUCGCAGCUCCCAGAUCCAAAACCCAGGCGCGUCCGCCUCCCGAAAUCCAAACCCUAGCGCCCGACUCGCGACGCCGCCGGGAUGCGGGGUCUCAGGGCGGACGGCGGCGGUGGCGGUGGCGGCGCCUCCUCCUCGUCUUCCACCGCAGAGAACUCGCGCUUCGACGCAGCGCAGUAUACGUUCUUCGGCAAGGCGCCCCUGGAGGGGCUGGAGCUCGGCGGUCUGGCGGAUGAUGGGGGUGUGGACGGCUACGGCGGCGGGUUCGGUGGACAUGACGACGGGGCUUACCACUUGUCUCCUGUCGGGGAAGAGAUUGAUUGUAUGAGUAACUUGUCUGAAAUUGAUGAUCUUGCAAGCACUUUUGCAAAGUUGAACCGAAGUCUUAGCGGAACAGGGAACCCUGGUGUCAUUGGUGAUAGACGAUCAAUCUCCAGGGAAAGUUCUUUGACUACCGACUGGGUUCAGGAAUCAGAGUUCACUAAUUGGGUGGACCAGGAUAUAAACAGCAACGAAUUUCUGAACAGCAAGCAAUCGUGUUCACAUCAGCAGUAUUUGCCUCAGUUUGGAGAGUCGAAACCAUUGAGCCGAACAUCGUCCUAUCCUCUGGAACAACUACAACACCGCUGCAGUGAACCUAUUCUGGGACAUGGAUCUACUUCAUUUACAUCCUAUCCUCCACCAGGUGGUGGCGGAUUAUCUUAUCCCGCGCAGGGUCUUACUCGACACUCGAGCAUUCCGUCACCUGGUGCUGGAUACCAAAUGGGUUCUCCAAGUUCAUCGCUUUCCGGUUCUCCAUAUAAUAUGACUAGUCUACCUCAUGGACUGCGAUAUGGGCGAAGCAUGUCUUACACUGCAGGUGAUCUGUCGGCCAACAACUUCCUGCAAAAUGAAUGGACAAAUCAAGCUAGCCCACAUGCUUUUGAGCACCUUAAUCUACAUCCCAGUUUAUUGCAGCAGCAGUUAUCUUUUCCGAGUAGUUCAGUUUCUUCAUUGCUAUUUUCUCAGCAGCAGCAGCAGAAGCAAAGAUUUCCCCUAGCCCAACCAUCCCAUCACAAUUACCUAAACAUGCAGCCUCACUUCUAUCACCAUCAUUCUCCAGAGAUGAUAGGAAAGUUUGAUCAUGUUCCUAGUGUGCCUUCACCAAGAGACAAGAGAUCCAGGUCAGGAAGAGGAAAACACAGUAUACGCUUUUCUCAACAACCUUCUGAUACAGUUGGCCAGAAUGUUGACAAUGGGGCAGUAAAGUUCAGGUCAAAGUAUAUGUCAUCUGAAGAGAUAGAUACUAUUUUAAGAAUGCAGCACUCUGGAAGUCACAACAGUGAUUCUUACGUCGAUGACUACUACCACCAAGCUUGUAUAGCCAAAAGAUGUGCCAAUUCUCAGCAGACGAUCAAUUUCUCCCCCGUGUCGAUAAAAGAGUUCCCCUCAAAGUCCCGGUCUGGUGGUGAUAAACAUUCAUUUAUAAAGGUUGAUUCUGUUGGAAGAGUAUCUUUCUCUUCCAUACGCAGGCCUCCUCCUCUCCUUGAAGUUGAUACUGUUGCAUCUGGUGAUCGCAAGUCAUCUACAAGAUCAUUGGAGAAAGAGCCAAUGCUGGCAGCCAGAAUUACUGUUGAAGAUGGUUUGUGCCUUCUCCUAGAUGUGAAUGACAUUGACCGCUUGUUACAGUCUAGCCAGGCACAGGACAACAGCUUCCAACUCAGGCGAAGGCGACAGGUCCUCCUUGAAGGCUUAGCCACAUCACUUGAACUUGUCGACCCUUUUGGCCCCAACAAACCUGGUAAUUCAUCUGGAUUGGCCACGGAUGACCUUAUUUUUCUUCGCAUUGUUUCUCUCCCUAAAGGACGUAAGCUUCUGGCCCGUUAUCUUCGACUUGUGGUCCCUGGAAGUGAGCUGACCCGCAUAGUUUGCAUGGCUAUCUUUCGACAUCUCAGGAGCCUGUUUGGAGGUUUGCCAUCAGAUUCUGGCGCGGCAGAAACAACGGUUACUCUUGCCAAGACCGUGUCUUCUUGCGUGCAUCACAUGGAACUAAGUGCUCUCAGCGCCUGCCUUGCCGCUGUCGUCUGCUCAACGCAACAUCCACCUCUCCGCCCUCUUGGUAGCUCUGCUGGAGAUGGGGCUUCUCUGAUCAUCAAAUCAGUACUGGAUAGAGCAACCGAGCUACUGGCCGAUCCUCAUUCUGCCGCCAACUACAGCAGAUCGACCCGUUCUCUUUGGCAGGCGUCAUUCGAUUCCUUCUUUGGACUUCUGACAAAAUACUGUGACAGCAAGUAUGGGAGUAUUCUGCAGAUGUUUGCCACGCAGGACUCGAGUUCCGUGGCUGGACCUGAAGCCUCGAAGGCUGUUAGCAGGGAGAUGCCUGUCGAGCUUCUACGUGCAAGCCUUCCACACACCAGCGAACAGCAACGGCAGAUGCUUCUCGAUUUUGCUCGGAAAUCUAUGCCUGCGAUUGGUUCCAAUCAUUCUGGUGCGAGCAUGUCUUCAGGUGGUAAUGCCACUUCCGAAUCGGUUCCUGGUUAAACUGUAUAUGCAGCCUAUCUUCGGAUAGCAUUUAUAAUCUUUGGAGACAUGCUUCCUGUCUCGCGAGAUGCGGGCUUGGAGAAGUUCCAUUGGCUCCGGUGAAGUUAAUCAUUCCUCAGACCUGUGACCGUGUCUAGGAUCGAGAUUAAUUUGUAGAACCGACAAUCUCCUUCAUGUGGGGUAAUUUCGUGUAAUACCCACCUGAUGGCUAUAUAUAUCUAUGAUGGUAGAUUGUUCGUGUAUGUACCCUGUUGUAACUCUGUGCAGUGAUGAACCUGAUGCCUCUUUGGAGGAAACUAGUUUGAGUGUUUAACCCCUUAUUUUCA